AUGGUGCGCGUAUGCUCCUCGCGGGCGCCCAGCCCUCAAUGCUUGGCUGGAGUGGCCCUCGGCUACAACAACGGCCUGGGCAAGACCCCCAACAUGGGCUGGAACCCCUGGAACUCCUUCUACUGCAACGUCAACGAGACCCUCAUCCAGCAGGCCGCCGACAAGCUGGUCGAGCUGGGGCUCAAGCAAAAGGGCUAUACGGUCGUCAACAUCGAUGACUGCUGGGCUGAGCCCGUGGCGUUCCCCAGCGGCAUCAAGGCCCUCGCCGACUAUAUCCAUAGCAAGGACAUGAAGUUCGGCAUAUACUCCGCCUCCACCUACCAGACCUGCCAGUUCCAGCCGGGCGGGCUGGGCUUUGAGCAGGUCGACGCGGACGACUACGCGCGCUGGGGGGUGGAUUUCCUGAAAUACGAUGACUGCAACGGUAUGGCGGGCUACACCUACCCGAAAAAUACAGGCGGAUGGAGAGAGGCCCUCAACCGCACAGGCCGGCCGAUCUUCUACUCCAUGACGAGCGGGGCAACCUGAUCAAGAUGAUCGGCAGCCGCACCAUCAAGAACAUCGCCAACAGCUGGUGCAACUUCGACACCGGGUGAUUUCAUGGACAACUGGCCCAGCUUCGUCGAGCACCUGGAUGUCGAGCCCGGCCAGGAAAACUUCGGUGGGCAGUAUGGCUGGAACAACCCUGACAUGCUGCAGGUUGGGAACGGCGGUAUGACCGACGACGAGUACCAGAGCCACUUCGCACUCUGGGCCCUGCUCAAAGCCCCCUUGGUCAUCGGCUGCGACAUUCGCAACAUGUCUGCCCGUACGCUCGAGAUCCUCGGCAACGAGGAGAUCAUCGCCUUCAACCAAGACCCUCUCGGCGAGCCUGGCCGCAGACUGCUCCACCUUAAGAACUCCACCCACGAGUACGACAUCUGGGCGGUGCGGCUGGCCAACGACGAGCACGGCGUGGUGAUGUUCAACCGGCUGGGAGUCAGCUCAGCAGUGACCUUCGAGAUGGAGAUGAUCGGGCUAAAGGGCUGCACCGGGAGCAUGCGGGACCUGAUCGCCCACAAGGACCUGGGCCCCACGCAGCCGAGUUACACGGUCGAGAUAAGACCCCACUUCGUGCACGUCAUCCGGAUCAAAGAUCUUUUCUGA